AUGGACCGGAUCGUCCUGGCGCCGAUCCUGCGGCUCCUCGCGGUCCAAGGCGGCGUCAUCCCGCCUGUCCCGCUCUUCAUGGGCCUCUCGUCUGCCAUCUUGGCCGCGAUGCUGGCCAUGGCCUACAGCCUCUCGCACGUUAGCACACCCUUGGCGAUCGUCAGCUUUGGCUUUGGCGGGCUCGUUCUCUGGCGCAAGCUCGUGCGCGCCGUCGGCCUCCACACGCGCCGCGAGUCGUACCUUCUCGCGAUGCCACCGCAGCCCGACGCUGUUCGCAUCGUGUGCAUCGCCAACACGCACGGCAAGCACACAUUUAUCGACGUCCCGCAUGGCGACGUGCUGCUCGUGGCCGGCGGCUGCACCAAGUCUGGCCGCCAUGACGAAGCCGAAGCGUUCAACGCAUGGCUCUCGGGGCUACCGCAUGCGCACAAGCUCGUCGUGCCGGGCGAGCACGAGCGGUCGCUGGACCUGACCAUCCUCCUCCCGAGCGCCACCGUGCUUCUCGACGAAAGCUUGACAAUCGAGUCCAUUCGAUUCUUUGGCGCCUCCAGCGUGUCGCUCGAGUGGCGAGACGUGCCACGGUCCACCGACAUACUCGUGACGCCCAUGCCGCCGCUUGGCAUCCUGGACACGACGUUCACAGGCCACCACGUGGGGCACGAAGAGCUGUUGAAGGCGGUGUUGAGCACACUGCGCCCAACCUUUCACGUCUUUGGCAUGGCGCAGGCGUCGUACGGGCACAAGACGCUGGGCGCCACAACAUUUGUGAACGCAGCCAUCUGCACGGCGCUCGAGCAGCCGACGAACGCACCAAUGGUGUUUGACAUUCGCAAGCCUUCGACCGUACACAGCUAG